UUUUUUAAUUUAUUUUUUAUUAAGCAAACCGAAAACAACACAAAACCCCAGAUUUUUCCCCUCCCGACGAUUUCCUUUCGUUUCCUUCUUUUUUCCCCACCGUUAACUUCUUCUUUUAUCGGAACUCACCGCCUGUCGCCGCCGCAGCACCGCUUUGAUUUGACCUUUGAGUCGUUUUUGGCGCCGUCAGUCCAGGUUGAGGGGCGGACUCAGUCGUUGGUGAUUUUUUUUGAAGAGGUGAAUGCUGGGAUUCCGGUUUUGAGGGAGUGGAGAUCGCGUUAGAUCUGCUGAAGGAAUUUGUUUAUGGUUUUCGUUAGCUGUUUGGGAAUGGAGAGUUGAAACUUGUUUUUCUUUUGGAUGGUAAGCGUCGGGGGGAACGAGGAGAGAAGUGAAGAGAACGGAGGAGAGGUGGUAGCUGCAGAUGAGGAACGGAGCUCCGGAGAGCGAUCGUAGAGGGCGGUGGCGUUUUGGUUAUUUCCUCACAUGGAAUGGCAGAUCUUGUUAGCUACGGUAAUGCCCAACGUGACAUCGACCAGGCAUUAAUAGCUUUGAAGAAGGGUGCUCAGCUUCUGAAAUACGGACGCAAGGGAAAGCCUAAGUUUUGUCCAUUUAGACUUUCUAAUGAUGAAACAUCAUUAAUCUGGAUUUCAAGUAGUGGUGAAAGAAGUUUAAAGUUAUCCUUAGUCUCUAAAAUCAUUCCCGGGCAAAGAACUGCUGUUUUCCAACGAUAUCUCCGGCCUGAGAAAGAUUAUUUAUCCUUUUCUCUUAUAUUCAACAACGGGAAAAGGUCACUUGAUCUGAUUUGCAAGGACAAAGUUGAGGUAGAGGUGUGGAUUGCAGGCCUCAAAGCAUUAAUAUCCUCUGGUCAGGGUGGACGCUCCAAAAUUGAUGGCUGGAAUGAUGGAGGCCUUUACCUUGAUGAUGGCAGAGAUUUGACAUCAAAUAGUGCAAGUGAUAGUUCUGUUAGUGCUACUCGAGAUAUUAACACCCCUGAAGUUUUUGUCAGUUUUAAUCCAAACACUUCACCUAAGAGUUUACAGCCUGCAAAUUCUUUUCAUUCUGAAAGGUCACAUGCAGCAUCAGAAGGCACAAAUAUGGAUGUAAAAGGAUCUAGUUCAUAUGCUUUUCGUGUUAGUGUUUCUAGUGCCCCAAGUACCUCUAGUCAUGGUUCUGCACCGGAUGAUUAUGAUGCUUUAGGGGAUGUGUAUAUAUGGGGUGAGGUUAUCUGUGAAAAUGCUGUGAAGGUUGUAGCUGAUAAGAAUGCCAAUUAUUUGAGCAUGAGAGCGGAUAUACUUCUUCCCAAGCCUUUAGAGUAUAAUGUAGUUUUAGAUGUACAUCAUGUAGCCUGUGGUGUCAAACAUGCUGCCCUAGUUACAAGGCAAGGUGAAGUUUUAACAUGGGGUGAAGAAUCUGGUGGACGACUUGGCCAUGGUAUUGGGAUGGAUGUUUUUCAACCUCGUCUUGUUGAAUCACUGGCUGUCACUAGUGUUGAUUUUGUUGCCUGUGGUGAAUUUCAUACUUGUGCUGUUACAAUGGCUGGGGAACUUUAUACAUGGGGAGAUGGAACUCACAAUGCUGGGCUUCUUGGUCAUGGCACCGAUGUCAGCCAUUGGAUACCAAAGAGAAUUUCAGGUCCUCUCGAGGGACUUCAAGUUGCUUCAGUAACUUGUGGUCCAUGGCAUACAGCUUUGAUAACAUCAACAGGACAGCUGUUUACUUUCGGGGAUGGUACAUUUGGUGUCUUGGGUCAUGGUGACAGAGAAAGUGUUCCAUAUCCAAGAGAAGUAGAGUCUUUGUCAGGAUUGAGAACAAUUGCUGUGGCAUGUGGAGUGUGGCAUACUGCUGCCGUUGUUGAGGUUAUUGUCUCCCAGUCUAGUGCUAGUGUUUCAUCAGGAAAAUUAUUCACGUGGGGGGAUGGGGACAAAAAUCGUCUUGGACAUGGAGACAAGGAACCUCGGCUUAAGCCCACAUGCGUGCCUGCACUAAUUGAUUACAAUUUUCACAAAGUUGCUUGUGGGCAUAGCUUAACAGUUGGUUUGACCACAUCAGGACAUGUUUUUACAAUGGGGAGUACUGUGUAUGGUCAACUUGGGAAUCCCUAUGCUGAUGGGAAAAUACCAUUUUUGGUAGAAGACAAGCUUUCAGGGGAAUGUACUGAAGAAAUUGCCUGUGGUGCAUAUCAUGUAGCAGUUUUAACAUCCAGGAACGAAGUCUAUACAUGGGGAAAAGGAGCUAAUGGUAGGUUGGGCCAUGGAGAUGUUGAAGAUCGAAAAACUCCUACUCUGGUUGAAGGUUUGAAGGAUAGACAUGUGAAAUUUAUUGCUUGUGGUUCAAACUACAGUGCUGCAAUAUGUCUCCAUAAAUGGGUAUCUGGUGCUGACCAAUCUCAAUGCUCAGCUUGCAGACAGGCUUUUGGAUUCACCAGGAAAAGGCAUAAUUGCUACAAUUGCGGACUUGUGCAUUGCCAUUCCUGCAGUUCAAAAAAAGCACCAGGAGCAGCUUUGGCUCCUAAUCCUGGGAAACCUUAUCGUGUUUGUGAUUCCUGUUUUGCCAAGCUGAACAAGGUUUCAGAAGGUAGUAAUAGCAGGAAGAAUUCCGGACCUCGCCUUUCUGGAGAGAACAAGGACCGGUUGGAUAAGGCUGAAAUAAGAUUAUCCAAAUCUGCAACUCCUUCUAACAUGGACUUGAUUAAGCAGUUAGAUAGCAAAGCAGCCAAACAAGGAAAAAAAUCCGAAACAUUCUCCUUGGUUCGAUCCACUCAAGCACCUUCUUUGUUACAGUUGAAAGAUGUUGUUUUGUUUAAUGCUGCAGAUUCGCGAAGGACACUGCCUAAACCGAUUCUUGCAGGAUCUGGAGUAAGUUCCAGAUCUGUUUCACCUUUCUCAAGGAGACCUAGCCCUCCUCGUUCCGUGACCCCAGUUCCUACAACAUCUGGACUUUCGUUCUCCAAAAGCAUCGCUGAUAGUUUGAAAAAAACAAAUGAACUUUUGAACCAAGAAGUGCUUAAGUUGCGCUCACAGGUUGAGACCCUAAGAAAGAGAUGUGAACUCCAGGAAAUGGAGAUUAAAAAAACAACAAAGAAAACCCAGGAAGCUAUGACACUGGCUGCAGAGGAGUCGGCAAAAUCUAGAGCUGCAAAAGAAGUUAUAAAGUCACUGACAGCUCAGCUUAAGGAUAUGGCUGAAAGGUUGCCACCUGGAGUUUAUGACACAGAGAACAUCAAACCAGCAUACUUGCCAAAUGGCUUGGAGGCCAAUGGUGUUCACCAUCCAAAUGCAAAUGGAGAGGGACAUUUAAGAUCUGAUUCAAUCGGUGGCUCUUUCCUUGCUUCCCCUACUGCACUUGAUUCUACCACAAUUGGUGGCACUAAGAUCCCUGGCCAAUUACAUAGGGAACCAACUGGAACCAACGGUGGAGAUGAACAUUCUGUGGCAAGACUGCUCAAUGGUAGUGGGGGUUUACUGGGAGGUAAUGGUAGUGUGACAGCAGCUGUCGAUGAAAGGGAAUCUAGUUCUUUUGGAGAUGGCGAAAAUGGAAUGAAACCUAGAACUUCUGCAUUGGUUGCUAGUGGCAAUCAAGUGGAGGCUGAGUGGAUUGAACAGUAUGAGCCUGGAGUCUACAUAACUCUUGUAGCGCUGCGGGAUGGAACUAGGGAUAUCAAACGAGUGCGCUUCAGCCGGAGAAGAUUCAGAGAGCACCAAGCAGAAACUUGGUGGUCGGAAAACCGGGAGAAGGUAUACGAGCGAUACAACGUUAUAUCAGACAAAGCAUCCAUAUCUGGGCAAACUGCCCGCAGGUCGGAAGGAGCUCUCUCACCCACGGCUCAAGUGUAACGAAAGGUUUCAGCUUCAUUUUGUGUCACUGAUUAGGCUAUGAGGAGCGUGGAAACCCCCUCUCUUUUUUUCCCCCUUUUUUUGUUUACAUAUUUUGACUGCCCCAUCUAUAAUUUAUUUUUAUUGCACUUAAUUCUCUCCUUGUCUUUCACAGAUAUGGUGUAUUGCAGUAUAUAUAAAAUCCCUCUGGCGAGAAAGGUUUUGUUCA